AUGGAGGUUGCAGCAGGGGCAAUGAGCCCACUCCUCCGAAAGCUUAGUGACCUGCUCGUGGCUGAGUACACCCUGGGCGAGCAGGUGAAGAAGGGCGUCCAGUCCUUCCUGAGGGAGCUGGAGAUGAUGUACGUCGUCGUCCACAAGGUGGGCGACAUGCCACCGGAGCAGCUCGAUGAGCAGGUCCGGAUCUGGGCGGGCAAGGUCCGAGAGCUCUCCUACAACAUGGAGGAUGCUGUGGACGGUUACAUGUUCCGCGUGUACCAUGGCAGCCAUGGUGACCUCGGCCCUAACAACAUGAAGAACAGAGUCAAAAAGUUCUUCAAGCGAACCAAAAAGUUGUUCAGCAAAGGCAAGGCUCUCCAUCAAAUCUCCAAUGCAAUCCAAGAUGCUCAGGACCUUGCCAAGGAGCUGGGUGAGCUCCAUCAAAGGUACAUGCUUGAGGCACGUGCUGAUGGUAUGGGAAAUGCCAUUGACCCUCGCCUGAAGGCUGUGUAUAGAGACAUCACAGAGCUUGUCGGCAUCGAGAACACACGGGAUGAGCUGAUCAAGAAGCUAUUUGAUGAGUAUGAUAUGUCUAAUCAGCGACUCAAGACAUUGUCUAUUCUUGGAAUUGGUGGAUUGGGAAAGACAACCCUCGCAAGAGCGGUGUACGACAAGAUUAGAGUGCACUUCAGUUGUGGAGUAUUUGUUUCAGUGUCACGGAAUCCUGACAUAACAAAGAUUUUCAAGAAGAUGUUGUAUGGACUGGACAAAAUUAAGUUUGCAAACAUCAACGAAGCUUUCAGAGACAACGAACAACUCAUCGAUGAACUGAGAGAGUUUCUUCAGGAUAAGAGGUACUUGAUCAUUAUUGAUGACAUAUGGGGUGAAGAAGCAUGGGAAAUUAUCAAGUGUGUUUUCUCUAAGAAUAAUCUCGGUAGUCGAGUAAUAACAACAACACGUAUAACCCGUGUCUCUGAAGCAUGUUGCCCAUCAAGUGAUGAUAUUAUUCAUAAGACGAAAUCCCUUAAUAGUGUUGACUCCAGAAAGCUCUUCGACAAAAGAAUAUUCCCUCAAGGAAGUGAAUGUCCCAAUGAAUUGGAGCAAGUAUCUAGAGAAAUUCUGAAAAAAUGUGGUGGGGUACCACUAGCCAUCAUUACGAUGGCUAGUCUUUUAGCCAGUAAUGAUCAACAUACAAAGCCAAAGUAUCAAUGGGACAACAUACUCAGUUCAAUUGGUCAUGGACUUGCAGAAGGUGGUAGUGCAAAGGAUAUGAAGAGAGUAUUAUCCUUUAGUUAUUAUGAUCUACCUUCCCAUUUGAAGACAUGCUUACUAUAUCUCAGUAUAUUCCCAGAAGAUUGUGAGAUAAACAGAGACCGGUUGAUAUGGAGGUGGAUAGCCGAAAGCUUUAUUCAAGGUGGAGAGCAAGAAGUUAGACUAUUUGAGCUCGGGGAGAGGUACUUUAGUGAGUUGAUAAACAGAAACUUGAUUCAGCUAGUAGAUGUUGAUUUUGAAGAAGAUUGUGAUCUUUCAAGCCACCAAACUGAUCUUAGGUAUGUUGAGAAUUUAUCACACUUGAGGUACCUAGGGCUAAGACGUACAUGUAUUGGAGUUCUCCCCAUGGAAAUAGGAAAGUUACAAUUUUUGCAAACAUUGGACUUAAGAACGUGUGGAUCUAUGGAUGUGCCAUCAAGUAUUAUACGGCUAGGACAUUUGUUGUGCCUAUAUGUUGAUGGGGGUAUCAGAUUGCCAGUGGGGCUAGGGAACUUGGUGUCCUUAGAAGAGCUAAAUAGAGUGCAGGUGGGUGGUACUCAUGCGAUUGAGAAAGAACUACCGAAGCUGGUGGAGCUGAGGGUGCUUGUCCUCUGGUGGAAGGGAGACAACGAGAGUGUAUAUAUAUAUGUAAGUCUUUGUUGGUGUCCCUGGACAAUCUACGGAAAUUGCUUAGCCUAAGUAUUUAUAAUAAUCGUGAUACAAGGUUCGAUGUCAGCUGGAAUGGCUGGGUGCCCCCUCCACAACUCAACACCUUUGAGUUUUAUCGUUGUACCUCGACAUUGCCUAGAUGGAUUAAUGCAUCAUCUUUUCCCGCCCUCGGCUACUUGAGUAUAGAUGUGGAUAGAGUGAGGCCAGAUGUGGACAUACAAAUCCUUGGGAAACUGCCCACUCUUUGGUAUCUCAGGCUAGGAACCACCAGAGCCCAAUACACUCAUGUCGAAAGGUUUAUGAUUAGCGAUGAUGCAUUCCCUUGCCUGAG